AUGAGAAUCAUCGCACUCCUGGUCAUCCUGAUCGCUACCUUUAGCGUCAUUCAAGCUAAGGAACAAUGUGGAAAUGCCUUCUGUUUGGAUAACUACUCCUGCAAAUAUAUCAACGGCGUCCCAACAUGUGUUUGUAACGACGAAAUCACACCUCCCAAUUGGCAGACGCUCUGUGCCGGCGUCUCCUGUCCCGAACACUAUGUCUGCGCCGCCGUCGGAGGCAUUGCCCAGUGUCUGUCAAAGAUCCCACAGGUGUUGUCGACCACCGCCUCGACCACCGCCACCACCACCGCCACCACCACCGCCACGACCGGUCCAAUGACCAUCGGCCAGCUCACCCUCUCGGCCCAGGGCUCCUGCGCCACCAAGGUCUGCGCGUCGGGCGAGGUCUGCUGCCAGCCAUUCUUGCACCUCGAGCCAACCUGCCUCAGCUUGUGUGAGUUUGCCAACUGUGCCGCCAACCAGCGCUGCAUCCUCAACAACGGCGUGGCCACCUGUCUUACCAAUCUAUAA